GGGACUAGUAAUCGACGAUAUGCUCAUAUUGGUGACGUUAUCGUUGCUGUUAUCAAAGAAGCAAUACCAAAUUCACCUUUAGAAAAAUCCGAAGUGAUCAGAGCUGUAAUUGUACGUACUUGUAAAGAACUCAAACGCAACAAUGGUAUGAAAAUACGAUAUGAUGACAAUGCUGCAGUUGUCAUUGAUCAGGAAGGAAAUCCAAAGGGAACUCGAAUUUUUGGUGCGAUCGCACGAGAGUUGAGACAGUUAAAUUUUACUAAAAUAGUUUCAUUAGCGCCCGAAGUAUUAUAA